CGGCGCCGCCCGGCUGGUUUGGGGCUGUCAGCAGCUGUCCGGCGCUGGGCAUGGAGCGUGUGCGGGGAGCUGGGGCCGUGCUGGCGGUCCUGGUGCUGCUGGGAGCCCCCCCGGCUGCGGGCGAGGAGCUGUCGGGGGUGUUCCAGUUUCUAGGAAAAACCGAGUGUUACUUCAUUAACGGCACCGAGCAGGUGAGGUUAGUGGACAGGUACAUCUACAACCGGAAGCAGUUCGUGCACUUCGACAGCGAUGUGGGGGUCUAUGUAGGGGACACCCCUUUUGGGGAGAUCCUGGCCAAGCAGUGGAACAGCGACCAGGAGUAUCUGGAGUAUGCACGGUCUGCAGUGGACAGGCACUGCCGGUACAACUACGAGUUGUCCACCCCGUUCCUGGUGAACCGCAGAGUGCCCCCCAGCGUGUCCAUCUCGCUGGUGCCGUCGAGCUCCCAGCCCGGCCCCGGCCGCCUGCUCUGCUCCGUGAUGGAUUUCUACCCUACGCCGGUGCAGGUGAGGUGGUUCCAGGAUGGGCAGGAGCUGCCGGAGCACGUGGUGGCCACCGACGUGGUCCCCAACGGGGACUGGAGCUACCAGGUGCUGGUGCUGCUGGAAAUCCCCCCCCGGCGCGGGGUCACCUACAGCUGCCAGAGAUGCCACCGGACACCGUCCGCAGCAAGAUCCUGGUGGGGGUCGGGGGCUUCGUCUUGGGCUUGGUCUUCCUGGCGCUGGGGCUCGGCUUCUACCUGCGGGAGAAGAGCUCCUGAGCCGCCGGCGGCCGCAGCCCCUCCCCGUGGCCUCGGGCCCAGCCGGGACCCCCCAAACCCUGCCCUGAUUUUGGGGGCUUUGGGAGGGCACCUGCCCUUCAACACGGCACCCAGAACACCCCAAAAGGUGCUGGGACACCCCUAAAACACCCACAGCUCCUCAAGGACCCCCCAAACCAACUCAAAUCCCACCCAGGACCCCACCUAACCCCAUUGUUGGGGGGACUUUUAUGGGCUCUGGUGUUACUGGGAGCCCCCCCGGCUUUGGGAGAGGAGCUCUGGGGUGAGUGGGGGAUGGGAAGAG